AUGUCUCUCCAAGUAGACGACGACCGGCGCCGAGGACGCUCGCGCAGCCCGUCCGGUCGCGAGCGAGACCGAAGCCGCGGGCCUCCCCUGGUGGUAGACACGGACCCAGACGACCGGUACCGCCGCGGCGCCGAUCGGGACCGGGACCAGGAACGGGACGACCCGCGGGACCGCGCCAUCUCCUCGUACGCCGACUACGAUGACCGCCGCUCGUCGUAUAGGCCGCCCCCAUCGCCGACAUCUGAAGACCCGUACUAUCGCCGUAGAAGAGACGAUGACGAUGACCCGCGCGCGAGCUACAGCGCUUCUGGUGGGCGGCGGGAGAAGGAGUACAGAUACGAGAAGGAGACGAGAUCCUCGAAGAGAGACUCGGAUCGGGAUAGCGACCGUGACCGCGACAGGGACCGAGACAGAGAGAAGGAUAGGGCCCUCAAUGCAGACGCUUUCCUGCCUCAGAAGUAUGCCAAGAAGCUCCAGGAGUCUGACGCCAUGAAGUUCAUGACCGCGCCUUCUGGUGGGAGCCGUGACCGCUCCAGAUCUAGAGACAGAAGAAACGACAAGUACGAGGAAGACCUAGCCUAUGGCAGCAAACCCUCUCCGCCGAGCAAGUACGCUCGUCCAGAGUCGCCACAGGCCCAGUAUUCGUACGACAAGCCGAAGCAAUGGGAAUAUGCCCGGCCCGAGGAGAAGCUGUCCUAUUCCAAGCCCGAGGACCGUCAUGGCGCUGACAGUCUUGACCCGCGGUAUGGAAGGGACCCCAGGGACCCGAGAGAUGCCCGUGCGCCAAGCCCCGGUCCGGAGCGGCGAAAGAAGUACUACCGCGAGUCGCUGGGUGCUGAUCCACGGGGUUCCGAUGCAAGUGUUGUUACUGUCGAGCCAGGACAGACCGCACGCCGUAGCGCUAUGAAGCGUUCAUCGUCGCCACAGCCACCGACGGCAAAGAUGUCAUCCUUAUCUGUAGGGGCUCCGAUGGCCGUGGCAGGCGGCCUCGCAGCGGCACCAGGGUCACCACUACUAGAGUCUUAUCAUGGCACAUAUCAGUCCAUGUCUCCUAUGCCCUCUCCUCUGCUUCUGGCCUCCCACGGACCUGGAGCUGAGAUCCGAGACAUCUCACCCAUCGGAUCCGAUGACGAGCGAGGUGGCAAGAAGCGUAACAGACGUGCUAGGUUCCACGACCCAGAAGAGGAUGCUAGGAGCCUAGCUGAUGCACUGCGCGGCAGUGGGCCACCGAAGACGCACCCGCUGAUCGAGGUACUUCCGGGUCUGACGCAUGAGCAGAUCAUGGAGUUGCGCACUGACUACAAGCGUCUGGUGAAGACUGGUCCCGAGAGGAAGGGCGUCAAUGUGGCCAAACAUAUUCGCGCACGGCUCAAGGACGAGGAUCCGUCGCUGAUGAAGGCGUGUUAUGCCACGGCGUUGGGCAAAUGGGAGAGCGAGGCAUACUGGGCCAACUUCUGGUACCAGGGCGAUAAGACGCGCCGCGAAUUGCUUAUCGAAUCACUGAUGGGACGCACGAAUGCAGAGAUACGUGCGAUCAAGGACGGGUUUAGUGACAAGAAGUACGACAAUAGUCUGACCAAGUGUAUGAAGACGGAGCUCAAGGAAGACAAAUUCAAGAAAGCCGUGCUGAUGGUGCUUGAGGAGAACCGCAUGGAGGAGUACGAUCACCGCGGACACCCGCUGCAGAUCGACCCGUACUUGGUCGAGGACGACGUCAAGGCGCUACGCAAAGCUGUGAAAGCGGAAAAGGGCGGCGAGUCGGCUAUGAUCCAGAUCGUCGUCAUGAGAAGCGACAGCCAUCUGCGGAAGGUGCUACGAGAAUACAACGAAGAGUAUGGGUCGAAUUUUGCAAGGGAUGCGCUAAAGAAGAGCGGAAACCUGGUGGGCGAGUUGCUAGCUCAUAUCCUCAACGGUGUCAUCAACAAGCCCGUUCGGGAUGCCCUGCUCGUGCACCACGCACUGACGGCAUCGAAGAAAGACGAAUUGCGCCGCGAGCUGUUGAUUUCUCGUUUGGUGCGCUUCCAUUGGGAUCGUCACCACAUGGCCGCGAUCAAGCAGUCGUACCGAGAACGUUAUGGCAGAGACCUCUCGGAAGCCGUUAAGGACGGCACCAGUAAGGAGUGGGGCCAAUUCUGUCAAGAGUUAUGUAUCACGAGAAUGCCAGACGACGUGCGCAAGGUUGAGAGGAUUGAGAUCAAGCGAUGA